GAGGUGACAUCUCAGAUCUGGAAUGCUCUGUACGAUUUUCCGUCUUUACGGACAUGCACUGUUUUCAUCAAGUUCAUUUUGGAUUGCGUUGCUAUAGCAUGGGAUCUCGUUGCCGGCAUCGAUGGCAAAUUACCAAGGCAUGCGAAAUCGUCUUUAACUAAUUUCAGAAUGUGCAUCGAAUAUGAAAGCACUCAGUUCGAUGCGGCUAGCCACCGGCGAUUUCCUGGUUCCACUUCACAAAGCAAUAUCAUCCGUCGCUAUUUGUGGCCCGCUGUUCUUGACAAAAGUACGCGAGUGUGUAUGCACAAAGCUGUUGUGAUCACUUAG